UCACACCAUGUAGUACACCGUAACGUCCUUUGUCGUGUCAAGGCCCUCGACAUCGGCCUUAAACAUGACCUGUCGGUUGCAGGAUGCACAACAACGACACCAUUAUCAAUCAAUCGAGAAGCAGCGUACAGUACUCACCCUGCACUCUUGAGUCUUGUGAGUGGCGUUGCUGUAUCUCCCGGUUGCACCUGCAGUGGCGGCAGUCAGGUGUGCCUCUACGUUGUCGAUGGCGGCGAGGGCUGAGCCGCUCAGCUCGUUGGCGGCACUGGUGAGCUUGAUGGCCGACUGGGACAUGGCCCUGCCCGUCUGGAUCUGCUGCAGAACACCCGACACAACACCUGCACACACAACACAACACAACACAGAGGGGGUGUGCCAUGCCAUGAGCAACAAAUGAGGAUUUGUGUGUGUAGAGAGAACGGAGGACCCAAUGUGCCCACCGUCCACGGUGCCGUGUGUAGAUGCCUGGAUCUCCUGAGAGCGGCCGACAAACGACCCACCUGGUAGAACAGACAGCCACACAUCCAUCCAUCCAUCCAUCUGACGGAAACAACCAUGGAAGUGCACCCUUCAGCCAUCCAGGCCCUCCUCCCCUCACCGUUAUUGUAUUCAUUGUGGCCGAACCCCCCAUCCACAGCGCAGCUGCUGUCCUCGCACGAGUCGUAGUUCUCCCCUGAAGGAGACCAACACAGGGAGGCCCAUGGCUCCUCAUGGCAGAUCAUGGCUCCCCGUGGAUCAUUGUCUGCCUGCGCCAAUUACCUGGCGCUUACCGAUGGCCGCAGCAAUGGUGGAGGUGACGAAAGCGCAAACCGCCAACGCAACGAGAAGAGACCUGGAC